AGAAGGCGGGCUGUAAGCGAGCGAGGCCGAGGCGAUGAGUGGGUUGGGGUCGGGAGCGGUCGGGAGGCGUUGAGCGCGCAGGAGUGGAGUUGAGGAGGAAUGCGAUGACGCGUAUCUGAAGUUGACGUUUGUUGGCCACGAGUUGUGGCAACUUUUUCAUCGUUUAUAACCACUUUUCCCAGCAGAAAAAAAAUGAUCUGAACGCAUAUGGUGCACAUGUGCUGAAUGGUGAAAAUUUUUAUCAACUUUUUCUGUUUUGAGAAUGAGUUCACGGACAUAAUCUAAGCGAUGACUCAUGGAGACGUCGAUCUGUCAAAUGAAUCCGGUUGGGUGUAUGGGUUGAUGUUUGCGAUAAGAAGUCGAAAAACGAAAUCUAAGGAACUGUUACUCGACAUAUCAGAAGAAAGUUAUGAGUUGGAAUAGAGAAGACGGAAGUUGUAUCUAAAGAAUGUAAUGAAAUGGCCCAUUGUUCAUUCCAUAUGUUAAUGUGACAGUCCAUUAGUUUGUGUUCCAUUCUUUGAACAUUUCUUGCAAAACGUAUGAAAUGAUCAGCAUGUUGUGAAACAGUAUUCCUUGCUUUGUGAGUUAAAUACCAGAUAGAAAUGGAUGAUACAGGAUCAGCCUCUUUGCCAAGUAGCAUUGAAGACAAAAAUGCAAAGCCAGUUGAUUGGGCUAGGUAUGGCCUAGGCAAUUCACCUCUUCAUAGAGCAAAUGGAAAUACUAGUUCUACGAAUAACAAGUUUGUAUCUGGCAGUGGUGUGCAUUAUACAGUUGGUGGUCAGGAAGUUUCAGAAAUUAAUGAACUGUACACAGAAGAGCAGGGUGACAGACCGUGGUGGAAAUCAAACUUCUUUAUCUCUGAACCUGUACUAUUUGGUCAGUGGGAUGGCGUAUUCACAUCAUGUCUCAUCAAUAUUUUUGGAGUUAUAGUCUUUCUUCGUUCAGGUUGGAUUGUGGGUCAAGCUGGAGUCUUAUGUGCAGUUCUUAUUGUUAUUGCUACAGUUGCUGUAGCAUUGGUAUCGGUUCUUUCUGCAGUAGGCAUCUGUGAACGAUGUCGCAUGGAAAGCGGAGGAGUUUACUUUCUGAUGGCCCAUGUACUUGGUUCAAAAUUUGGAGGUGCUCUGGGUCUUUUGUACGUUUUUGGACAGGCUGUGGGUUGUGCACUGUAUGUGCUUGGCUUUGGAGAGUCUAUGGCAGGACUGGUGGGCUUAGAAUCACCUUGGGCACAACGUGGAUUUGCUAGUGCUGCUGUUCUUUUGCUUGGUGUUAUCAAUAUUGCUGGUGUGAAGUGGGUGGUCAAACUCCAGUUUGCACUGCUAAUAAUUCUGCUAUUAGCUGGUUUGGACUUUGCUGUUGGUAGUUUUGUACACACUGACAUAGAGAGUGGUUUUGAAGGCUGGCUUUCGCAGAAUUUGGCAAGAAACAUGUAUCCAGAUUACAAAGAUAACUACAAUUGGUUCACUGUGUUUGGAGUCUUUUUUCCUACUGUAACUGGUGUGAUGGCUGGAAUUAACAUGAGUGGUGAUUUACGAAAUCCUUCUCGUGACAUUCCUAAUGGUACUCUUGCUGCAAUUGGUACAAGCACAUUCCUGUACUUGGUUUUUGUCUUAGUUUUGGGUUCUACUUGUGAAAGACAAGCUCUUAUGAGUGAUUUUAUGAUAACUGCAAAAGUAUCUGCUGUGCGAGUUCUUCUUUUAGCUGGCUUAUACGUAUCUUCAAUGUCCAGUUGUCUUGCUGCUAUGUAUGGUACUCCAAGAGUUUUGCAAUCUAUUGCAAAUGAAAAUGUCAUUCCAUUUAUACAAAUUUUGGGAAGAGGGCGUGGGCCAAACAAGGUUCCUGUCUACUCCAUGGCUGUUGUUGCGGUCACUAUUGUCACUUUUAUUCUGGUUGGACAAAUUAACACUUUGGCACCAGUGGUUACCAUGCCCUUUUUGCUUACAUAUGCUGCCAUUGACUACUCAUAUUUUGCCCUUGCACAAACUUUUGACAUUCAACUUCGGAGAGAAGAAAGAUUCAGAGCUCGGGAAUUCUUGAGUCCAACUUUUGCCUCAAGUCCAAGUGGUGGAGGUGGAGGUUAUGGUGCUACCGAGAGUGGACAUUCUGAGGCUAUAGAUCGUUUCAACAGUGAUUUAGACAAACUCUUUCCAGAGAGAACUCACCACAAAAAGCAAGGACUUCAUAGUUCUGGAAGCCCCAGCCUGGUCUCAUCUCCUGAUGAACACUCGAGUGUUCGGAGUGGGGGAAGUGGUCAAGAUGGAAAUGCAGGAGCACGAACUGUACCUCCUAAGGAUGCUCAUAUUCACUCUAAACCCAAUCACUGGUACUCUAAUCUCUGUAACAGGUGGCUGUCAUUAUUUGGGGCCCUACUGAAGCUUCUCAUUAUGUUUCUGGUUCACUGGGGAUAUGCAGUUGCAAACAUUCUGGUGGUGUUUCUUGUCUGCCUUUAUGUUGGUCAUGCAAAUCCUGCUGUGAAACCUGGAUUAGCCUCAGAAUUCAAACUUUUCCGUUGGAUGAAGAAUGUGUUUUUAAGGCUUAUGGGGCGCCGGGUUCACGAGUAUGAACAAAUAGUAGUGACUCCAAUGCAUCCUGGAGUUGAAGUGUGUUCAGCACAACUGAAUGAAGAAAAUGAAGAUUUUGCUUCACGAAGGCGAUACCAUCAGUCAUCAACCGUCCAGGGUCAUUUUGUAAAUAUAGAUGAUGAUGAGUAAGUCUGAUUAACUUAUUUGAUGCAUUUUUUACUAAUUGUGACUGAGUGAAAAAUAUGAUGUGUAUUUGUGAUUAUGAGAGUAUUUAACUUGUGUGCAAGAUUACUAGUUUUAUAGGCAGCAGAUUGUAUGUAACAGAAUGUUGGAGUGUAAUAAAUUAUCAGUCUUGUAAAUUGCUUUGUGUUUCUCCUCUGUGAAAUUCCUUGUGUAGUUUUUGUAUGUAUUGCCGCAUUUUAAACUAUUGUCCUUUUCUUGAAUCUUCUGUGUCCUGUUUAAAUCCCUACUAGCUCAUGUAAUAUCAGAAUAGAUUUGAGUAUUAAAUAUCCAUAAGAAAAAGAAAAGAAACUUGAAAUUUUUUUUGUAAAUUUCUAAUGUUGGGGUAUUUUAAUACACACAAAAUGCUUUUCCUAAAUAGACACACUUUGAAAAGUAUAAUACUGGAGAGAAACCUUAGCUUGCAAUAUGUUUGUGAUAAAGUAUUAAAUGUUAUAGUCUGCAAAAUUAAUAGUUUAAAAAUAAAUUUACUGCCUCUUCAGUGUAAUAAAAAAAAUUAAAUCAGGGAGACUAUAAGAAAACAAAAGGUUUCAUUGCAGGAAUAUUAGAAUAACAUUUAAAAUACAUUAAUCGCAUUCAUAAAUGCUGGCAUGGAGACAUGGAGGAAUUGAUAUUGUCCUAAUUUUAUGUUAAAUCUGUGUGUGGUUUUGGACUCUUAAAUAGAAAUGUAAAUAGGGAUGUUCUCGUUUGCUUUGCAUUCAGUCUUGCUUUUGUGAUCGUUAUUGUAAUUCUUAAUUAAUGGUGCAAUGUAGUGAACUUUUUUCCUUCCCAUGAUAAAAACAAGACUUCAAUCAAAAAGAGGAAAGAGAAAAAGGAGCACAUUUUCAUAUUUGAAAUAUCAAAUGUAUAAAAAUUGAGAAAUGUGUUGUUUUUGUAGGUUUAUUUAGAGUUUAUUUAGCAAAAAGAAUGAUACAUUUUUACCUACGCUAUUCAUAAUUAUUGACAACAUGUGAUUGUGUAAUAUCAUUGUAAAUUUUUAUUUCUCAUUAUUCUCCUACAGAAUGUAAAUAAUCUGAUAAACAUCACACAUCGGUAGAUUUGACAUUUAUUGCCCAGCUUAAAAUACAUCACUGGUGAUCACUAUUCUGAGCAAGUGCUGACUGCAAUGAGAAAAGACACGUUUGUGCAAGAAUAAUUUGGAAUAAAGUUGUGUUUUUAAAAAAUGAAAUGUUUUAAUAAAUUUGGAAUUGAAACAUUCCAAAAGAAUUGUAAACAAAACAAGUUUAGAAUUCUUGCAAUAUUUACUUAUUUUUAUUGGGUGAAUAAAGAAAGUACUUUUUUUUCUAUUGGAAAAAUUGUCGUAUUAUUCACUUUCAAAUAAGUACCUAAACCAUACAAUUUCACUUUGUUGUAAACUAAACAGUUUUGUACUGAUAGCUUUGUAAAUUUUACUUGGAUUCUCUCAAUAAUGUAUUCAUUGAAUUUUCAAGGUGACUAUUUUUUUUUUAACAUUUAUAAAGCACAGCAAAAUCAUAAACUGAUUUAUCACAUUUUAUUACAUUAUUUUACUUCAAUAAAUUUCAAUUUCAGUAUAACCACAUUAAA